GUGCACGAGGGGAUGGGGCGGAAGCGGCAGCAGCAGCAGCAACGGCGGCAGCGGCAGCCCCGGCCGGGACCCCCCCUCGAGGCCUUCGCGGAGGCGGAGGAUGAGGAAGGCCCCGGCGGCGACUCCAGCCCCAUCUCGGGCGGGGACUCGCUCCGCGGCCACUCUUCCUCCUCCCCCGUGAAGGGCGCGGCGGCGGGGUCGUCCUCGCCGUCGCCGUCCUCGCCGUCGCCAGCUAGCGGCAGCAGCGGCCGGGGAUGCGGCGAGGUCCAGGACUCGCCUUCUCCCCCGCUGGCCAUGUGGGACUUGGGCCACUGCGACCCGCGGCGCUGCACGGGGCGGCGGCUGGCGAGGAAGGGGCUGGUGCGGACGCUGCGCCUCGGGCAGCGCUUCGGAGGCGUCAUCCUCAGCCCCGCCGCCACCCGCUUCGUCUCCCCCGCGGACAGACAAGUUGUGGCUCAGAAUGGAAUUGCGGUGAUUGACUGCUCUUGGGCGAAGCUGGAUGAGACGCCGUUUGCCAAGAUGAAGGGAAGCCAUCUCCGUCUGCUGCCCUUCCUGGUGGCUGCAAAUCCAGUGAACUAUGGCCGGCCAUGCAAACUCUCCUGUGUGGAAGCAUUUGCAGCUACUUUCUACAUUGUGGGAUUUUCUGAUCUUGCAAUAAUCCUCUUACAAAAAUUUAAAUGGGGAAAAGUGUUCCUUGAUCUGAAUAAAGACCUUCUGGAGAAAUAUGCAGCCUGUAAUUGUGAAGAGGAAGUACUGAAAGUUGAACAAGAGUUUCUGGCUCAUGCCCAAGAAAAAGAAAAAGAAGAAAUAGACCCCUUCGAUAUUGACUCUGGAAGAGAGUUUUUUAAUCCCAACAGGCCUGCCAGAGCUUCAGGAGUAACUGCUGGUGAUGAAAGUUCAGAUGAACAAACAUCUGAUGAUGAUGAUGAUGAAGAUGUGGGAAAGAGUAGCAGCUCAGAGGACCUGAAUGCAACAUGUGCUGCACACAGCAAGCCACCUUUGUGGGAGAAAACUAAAAACAAACCAAGGUUCCAAUCCUGAGCAUUCUUACAAGGAAGUAAGUCCCAUUGAACUCAGCGAUGGGGUUUGCUUUUAAAUAAAGCCCGCCUAGGAUUGGGCUUGACUGCACUCUGCUCUGGUGAGCCCAGUGGGUUAAGAGUAUAGAGAGUUGGUUGAGAACCUUCUGUCGAUAGCUGUCCCCACUUACUGCUAGCAAAUGGGACUUCACAGUCUCUCUUCUGCUGUAGUGGCCAUAUGCUGCAACUGUGGCACGCUUUUAAGUCACCAUUUCAGCUAGUUUCUACUAGAAUAUGUUGUGAUGUUGGAAGGAAAUAAACUGGGAGAGGUUCCCUGAAAGUAAUGCCUCCACCUCUCAAUUCAGUACCUCUCUUGAUACCCAAGAGAGGCUGUGGCCUGGUGGCUGGGAAUGCAGAUGCUGAAUGAGAGAAGCUCCAGCUGAGAUGGGCAAGCAUCCUGACCCUUCUUAUACUGCUGAGGGUGAAGAACACAAGGGCCCAGCUUGCUGGAGCAAGGCCAGACUCCACCCACCCACCCCUCCAGUGUAGUUUUCAACGAUGGCUCAUGAGCUGCCUCUGGGGGAUCAAUGCUGGCAAAACAAAGGUGGCUGAAAUUUGUAGUGUUACAAAAGCACCCCAAGCCCAUUGCAGCAUUUAACCUGCGUCACUUGUGCCUUGAUUUAAAAAAAAACAAACCUCACUUUUCAGGCAAGAGGAACGAUAAGGAAGCUGCACUCUAAGCUUCCUUAGGUCACCAGUGGGGGGUGGGACAGUAGCCAAUGAGAAUAUCACCAGGAUAAUGAAGCUACUGGGUCUGACACAUGCAUUUUCAACCCUUCAGUCUCAAUUGUCCAGCUAAACGGAUGCUUUGAUGUGAAGGAAGGAAAUCCUUAUAUGGCAGUGUUGAAAAGCAAACCCCUGCCCCCAAAAUGUUUAUUCAAGGGAGUGGAAUAAACACUAAUGUACCAAACUUUGGUUAGCUUGUCCUUUCAUCCCAUUAAGCCAAGCAGCCAAAUGAUGUGCUAUUGUAUGCUGGAUGCUUGAAUACAGCAGUAUGGUCACAUGGAACUAACUACCGGUGGUUUUUCAAGAUCUCACACAGAUCUUUUUUGACGCCCGCUGCCUGGAAUGACCAUGGCAUGAUAUCUCUCCCAAAGCUAUUGAAUGCCUGCAAGAAAGGUCACUCCAAAAGUGACUGGUAUAUUAAAGGAAGAAAAUGAGACAAAAAAGCUUUAUAGAAACAAGUUUUAUUUACUCUAAACAGCAACACAGACAAAACGCCAUAAACACAAAGGAAGUGAUGCAGAAUCAAGAUGCUGGCUGACUUUGGAUCUGGAGGCUUUUAAGCAACAACAACCUAAUUUUUAUUGGAUUGGUAGAAAUCAAAAAGGGGGGUGGAGGGCAUGUUUUCUUUUCUUACAGCCAAGUAGAGGCAAAAUAUACUUCUAAACAGUUUAAAGCAUGCCUGCAUCAGAAAGCAAAGAAACUAGAGAUACUAGUGAAUUUAUAGAA